CUUCGACGCCUUGCAGCAGCUCGACCGACUCAAAGAUUGACACGCUCAUCGGCAACAUGGAGAUGCUCUCCCAACUUGUGGCCAACCAGACGGUGGACAUGAACUCCAUCAAGGAGGCCUGCAAGGUCUCGGCGGAUCGCUGUGCUGCACUUACGGAUCAGAUGACUUUGAUCAGCCGUGAGUAUCAUAGCCGACAUCAGGAGCUUCAAGCUUCGGUGACGGCCUCGUUGAACGCGCUCGACUACAGGAUGGGCGUCUUGGAGAAUUGCGGGGGCGAUUCUCACAUGAGUGACGCUGCAGAUCCCACACUCACUUCCAAGGUGAUCGCGAUCGAGGGCUCCCUGUCCGAGUUGCUGGAUCGCCAACGGGCCUCUGAGGCUCACAUCGCUGCGCUGCAGUCACCACCGACUCCCCCUGCUUCUCCUUCCCCUCGCCGUACGACGACGAACCAGCAGAAUGCCCAGGACCAGACGUGCAAGCUGGUACUCUUGGGUUUUACGCGACCCAUGCUGGCCAGCGACCUCAAACUCAUCGGCAACUCGUGCGUCCACACCUUUGCGCCCGCCCAGUCCGCGGCCAAGAUCAUCGUGCGGGGCUUUGACAUGUCAAAGAAAGUUUCCCUUCACUUCGAGACGGCGCUGGAUGCAUCAUCGUUUCUGGACAACUUCAACCGCACGAACGGAUCGUGGUCUGUUGCUGACCCGCUGCACACGGGCGUGCAGCUCUCUCUUCGUUUGCGUCGCGACCUGGACUUCCAGGGUCGCCAGCUUUUUCUUUCGCUUGGCCGUGUGAGGCGCCACCUCACCGAUCUGAUGCGGAACCGUGGCUUCGAGGUCGGGAGCUCUGGACUGGGGGGGUGUGUCUACAUCCUUCGAGGGCCCCACGACCCAGUCCCAGCGGUCAACAUCUCGGUCUGCGACAGCGGAGCUGUCACGACUGAGAUCGUGCGUGACACUUUGAUUGAAUUUGGCAUCCCUCAGCAUGCGGCUGCCCUUGAGGAGGCUGCGCAGGUUCAGCUGCGCCGUCCCUUUCGGCGCUGA